AUGCACCGACAGGAGGUAGCUCGUCUCGAAGGGGCGGUCCUUUUCUAUGACACGUUCCUCCAGAAGCAUAACCGGCCGUUGAGCCUUGCCGAGAUGGUGAACCUUCUUACCUUUGCCCAGGCAAACAUGAGGCCUCAGCCGGACAGCGAAUCUCGCCUGGCUCUACCUGCGGGAGUGGCAGCCGCCACUGACGACCCCUUUGCCGCCACUGACGACCCCUUUGCCGCUCACGGGUCCCAACUCGUGAUGAAAGGCAGUCAUCAGCCGAACGGGGAACCUCGCCCGGCUCCGCCCGUGAGGAUGGCAGCCGCCAAUGCCGACCCCUCCGCCGCUCGCAGGGCCCAACCUGGGAUGAACGGCGGCCAUCAUCAGCACCAGGCUGAUAUGGCGUAUAGGCUAGCGCGGUUUUAA